GAGCGGCAGAACUAAAGAAACAGAGUCUUGAGGGGAAUGGGGAAGACGAGACUCGGAUCGGAAACAACGAAAGGUGAUGAGAGGGUGCACUAAUAUGAAACGAGUCGGCCGAGUUGAAUCACCUGUUUCAUCAAUCGGACGGUCUCGAUCAUCAAGUUGGUCGUCCACCUCCCAUCCGACGGCUGUCGCGCACCAAUUGGACGGGCACCGGCCCUCGCCCGAUGAUUGAUCCUGCGAGCGGCGUAGAAGCUCUAAAAUGUUCGUUUUCGUUUGAUUUUUCUGCUUCGUCCUCAUCUACGGCCGCCUCUGCACCCUUCCGUCGUUUCCCCCCUCUUUUUACUCCUCGAUCCAAUCUGAGGUAGUCAGCAUGGGCGAGUCAAAGAAGAGCAUUGACGUGGAGGAAGGAUCAUUGGAGAUUGGCAUGGAGUACAGGACUGUCUCUGGAGUUGCAGGACCUUUGGUCAUCUUGGAUAAAGUGAAGGGUCCCAAGUAUCAGGAGAUUGUUAAUAUACGAUUAGGAGAUGGCACCAUCCGGCGUGGUCAGGUCCUUGAAGUUGAUGGUGAAAAAGCUGUUGUUCAGGUUUUUGAAGGGACAUCAGGAAUUGACAACAAAUACACCACUGUCCAAUUCACUGGCGAGGUUUUGAAAACCCCUGUAUCUCUUGAUAUGCUUGGACGCAUUUUCAAUGGCUCUGGAAAGCCAAUAGAUAAUGGCCCUCCAAUCUUGCCUGAGGCUUAUUUGGAUAUAUCUGGAAGUUCUAUUAAUCCUAGUGAAAGAACCUAUCCUGAAGAAAUGAUUCAAACUGGAAUAUCUACCAUUGAUGUUAUGAAUUCCAUUGCUCGAGGACAGAAGAUCCCUCUCUUUUCUGCUGCUGGUCUCCCUCACAAUGAAAUAGCUGCCCAGAUUUGUCGCCAGGCUGGUCUUGUAAAGCGUCUAGAAAAAUCUGACAAUCUUUUGGAGGAUAAAGAAGAGGACAAUUUUGCUAUCGUAUUUGCUGCUAUGGGAGUCAAUAUGGAAACUGCACAAUUUUUCAAACGUGAUUUUGAAGAAAAUGGUUCGAUGGAGAGAGUGACUCUUUUUCUGAAUUUGGCAAAUGACCCCACCAUUGAGCGCAUUAUUACUCCACGAAUUGCACUCACAACAGCAGAAUAUUUAGCUUAUGAAUGUGGGAAGCACGUCCUUGUCAUCCUAACUGACAUGAGCUCAUAUGCUGAUGCACUUCGUGAGGUAUCAGCAGCCCGAGAGGAAGUACCAGGUAGACGUGGUUAUCCAGGGUAUAUGUACACUGAUCUGGCAACUAUAUAUGAGCGUGCUGGACGGAUAGAAGGAAGAAAAGGCUCCAUUACACAGAUACCCAUCUUAACCAUGCCAAAUGAUGAUAUUACCCAUCCGACACCUGAUCUUACUGGUUAUAUCACUGAAGGUCAAAUUUACAUCGAUAGGCAGCUCCAUAAUCGGCAGAUAUAUCCUCCUAUCAAUGUCCUCCCUUCUUUAUCUCGGCUAAUGAAGAGUGCUAUUGGUGAGGGCAUGACCCGGCGUGAUCAUGCUGAUGUCUCUAACCAGCUCUAUGCUAAUUAUGCGAUUGGAAAGGAUGUUCAAGCUAUGAAGGCAGUCGUAGGAGAGGAGGCACUGUCAUCCGAGGAUUUGCUUUAUCUCGAGUUUCUGGACAAGUUUGAAAGGAAAUUUGUUACUCAAGGAGCAUAUGACACUCGAAACAUCUUCCAGUCGCUGGAUCUCGCAUGGACGCUUCUACGUAUUUUCCCUCGCGAGCUUCUCCACCGCAUACCUGCAAAGACCUUAGAUCACUAUUACAGCAGGGAUACAGCACACUAAUUCUGUCUGUACAACUUCAAAUUUUCAUCUGCCACAGCAGUGAUACAGCACACUAAUUCUGUCUGUACAACUUCAACUUUUCAUCUGCCACGGCGCGGCAUGAAUAAUAACCUCAGAAACUUGGGUUGUUUCUUGCUUGAGUGUUUGAUCCCCUUGCUUUUGCUACCGUAUCCCGGAGAAUUAAUUCCUAUAUAGAUUUUUGUAAAAUUAUGUUUUAUACAACAUCUAGUCAUGUUUUGUGGAUGUAUUUGUUGAGAAACCAAA